AUGGCAUUCAAGGCUGUUGUGAUCUGCGCUUUUGCCUUUUUGGUUCAGAACAUCGCUGCUCAGAAAAGCUGCGGCUGCCAAUCCAUCAUCAUCCCUAACAGCGGUGGUGACUUCCUGAUCACCUCUCUGAGCCCCAUCGCGCCGUCCGGCAUCGCCGUGGCCACUGACCUCAAUCUGUCCGGUAAACUGGACCUGUCCGGCGCGGUGCCGUACCUGAGCGCCGUGGCGUUCGAGGGCCAGUUCCCCACCAGCGGCUCCGCGCCGGUGUGCUACGGCUGCGGGGACAAUGUGGCCAUCACGAAGCAGAUCGGUAGCAGCUCCGGCUGCGGAUGCGGAUGCGGCGGACGCUGAAACCCAGUUUUUAUAACGAAUUGCAAAUGUUAAAUAAAUUUCUCAUUGCUU